AUGUCUUCCUCAGAGCUCUCUGACAUCUCUUCAUCACUAUCCAGUGAUGAGGGCAUCGCGUCAGUCCCGAUUCCAAAGGGCAAACUCGACCAUUAUUUCAAGCAAGGCUUGAGCGCAACACCGACGUCGCCGCCCGCAAAGAAAAAGCGCCCACCUUCGCCGGCCCACGAAUACGUUCUCGCAGACAACCCGGACAUUGCUUUCCUCUGCAUGUUCCGCUCGCGCUUCAGUGACGCCUUUCCAAAAUCAUUUCCCCAUUAUGGGCCGCAGGACAUUGAGCGUGGCGUGAUAGAUCCAAUACCUGGCGACCAAGUCGAAAGACUGCUAUGUGCUCUGCUGGGCUUGGUGUUGAACAGGAAGAAGGACAUCGAGAAGGGUCAUUACACCCGGGCACUAGAGGAGGCAAUACAGACGCACAACUCUCAAUGGCCUCGCGUGUGGAAUGGCAAGAAUCCCCUUCAUGGGGGAGGCAGCUUCAACAAGAUGAGCCCGGAGGAGCGACUUACACUCCUCAAGGCGCUUGCCAUAUGGUCACUUGAGUCCUCAGAAGCCGUGAAAGCCAUCAUAAAAGAGUCAUACAAGCAGUCUCGUCACGAUGAUGAUCUCAACCAGCCUCUUUCGGUGCAAGCCUGGGGUCGAGACGGCGACAAGCGCAGGUUCUGGCUCAUCGAAGGGCAGGACGACACGCAUUUCCGACUCUACCGCGAAAGUAACCCGGCUCUGAAGAAUAACACAUGGCGCAGCGUUGCGGGAACUAUCGAUGAGGUCAAAGAGGUCGCCCAGCGUCUGGAUGAGGAGAAUACCCAGGCUUCACGGCGGUUGCGUGACCGCAUAAAUGCAGCUGUACCUCGUUUUGAAGCAUCUGAAGAGAAACGAAGACGGAGAGACUAUCGUCUGGCCCGCAAAGCACAAUUCGUACGGCCGGAACCAGGCUUCUCCCUCUACGAGGGUCGGACCCGUGGGAAGCGACCAAGAUAUACUUACUCGGAUGAAGAAGACGAAGGCUCAGACGCGCUGUCUACACGACGAUCGAACCGACAAUCGGGCAUCUCGACUCCGGCGGAGUCACAUGGACCUACCUUUACGGCCAGCGGUCGACAGGUCAGAUCUAGGCACGGUGGUGCAUAUGGCGAAAUAAUGUUGAGUGGGCAGCAAGAUACCACGGGACACUCUAGAAUCGGUGAUUUAGACGGAGCCGAGCACGACGACGAUGAGGAUGAGCCAGUAAAUCGUGGGCUCCCUCGAAGGGCUGCGCGACAGAACAGAGUCAAAACCAAACCUCUUUCCGGAAAGCACACCGAAGUUAACGACUCUCUGGGUUCAAUGGAUGACGAAAGCGACGCGACUUCAAGUGGGAAUGAAUGGGACGGAGGAGACGAAGAUGAGCCUGAUGACCACGUUGAUGACGACGAAGAAGAUGAGGAUGUUGAUAUGAGUGACAAUUCAGGGGCUGAAGAAGAUGGAGACGACCCUCGACAAAGCCUGGUGGUGUCUUUACGAUAUAUAAAGAGCCGCCCCUCUCCACCGAGCCAAGACACGCCGAAAGUUGCUGCAAUCUCUAAGGACCACAGUAUUGCCCAAAUGACGAGCGGCAAUUCAAAGGGAUCGUCAGAGACGGCUUAUUCGACAGACGACCUAACCAAGCCCUUACAAGAUGCGCCCAAAUCCACCCAAGAUGCAGCGCAUACCCAAUACUCAAGGUCCACCGCAGCUGCGUAA